AUGAAGUCGGCUCUAUAGUGAGAUUCAGUUUUGUUGUUUUGUUUUAAUUUUACACAGAAUUAAUAUGUUAUUGUACAAAAACAUAUUUAGUUGUAUAUCGACUUUUCAACGCACCACAAUAAGACGAAUUCAAUUGAAAAGUACGAACUGACAGGCGGUAAAAGAACAUGCGAUAAAUAUUUCAGUUUUAAACUCAACUCGAAUAUGCCCUUUAAAAAAAAUUAAAUUAAAUUAUUCGUUGAUAAAAUCCUCCGAAAUCAGAGCAAAAAAAUGAAGGUGUUAAUAAUUUUAAAUGUGAUUUUGUUUAUUGAAACUUCUUCUCAAACGUUUAAUCAUGAUGAUGGCUAUGGAAAAUAUCAUUAUGAUACAUAUUCCAAUUACAAAUCCCACAAAUACGCCUCACCACAGCUCAAUGAAGACGAUGAAAAUCUAAAAUAUCGGCAAGAGGUUAAUCUUAAUGACAGCUACGAUGACGGCAUGGAUUUGUUUUACAACAAACCGGAAGCGGAAAUAAAAUCUGAUUUAACGCCAACAAUAGAAGUUGACACGCUUAAAUGUCCCCAGGGCUGUGUGUGUCAGUACGCACACUUAAUGGAUUUGCCCAUAUCACGUUGGAUAAACCACAUGCAACAAAGAUAUUUAAAUUCGAAUAACAACGUUGACAACACUGAAGAUCUAAUCAAUAACAAUGAAUCGUCCUUUGAGAAUGACUUGAGUUACACAAUAAAUCCUUUCAUCAAACAAGCUACUUGCAUAAUGCAAGAAGACACGAAUGCAGAGAAUCUAAUAAAUGCUCUGCCUCAUGACAUGCAAGCUUUGGUUUUGCUAUAUACUGGCAUAGGGAGAAAUAAGACGGUGAACACAAGCAUUUUAAAGCCUUUGAAUCAGUUAACAACACUGGAAGUAAGAGGAUCACAAGAUCGUGGCUUACGUUUGGUUUUAGACGCACCAUUGCGAUUUCUGAAGCACGCCAAUUUCGAAUCAAUAUCGCUGAUGGGCUCAGAGAUCGUCAAAAGACCAACGGAUGUCAAACACCCCAAGGAGGUAUUUAAUUACAAGCCCAACAUUGAGUUGUUAAACAGCAUGGAAUUCAACGAGAAGGACUACAAUACCAAGCAUUACGAUCGUAAAUUACUUGUCGAACUCCAACAGCAAGAACAAGAGGAACUGGAAAUCGUGCCGUAUGAAGUGUACAUAGAAGAAGUUAAAAAGGCAAAAAUGCCGUCAUUCUAUGGAUGGGAACGCUUAGAGGUUUUGCGCAUACAAUCGUGUGGCAUGAAUGAAUUAUCUUGGGAAAUGUUUAUGGGUUUAGACGAACUACAACAUCUGUCUUUAGAACACAACGACAUACAAGUGGUGCCACCAUUUGCCUUAUCGGGCGCCACACAACUGCGAACCUUAUCACUUGCCCACAAUGGUAUACAUGACUUACAUUAUCGGAAUUUAGCCGGCUUAUUUGAAUUACAUGCAUUGGAUAUAAGCGAUAACCGCUUAAGUAAACUAACAGAACUAAGUUUUCCACCAUUGCCGAAAUUACGAAAAGUCGAUUUUCGCAAUAAUCCCAUACGCUACAUAUUUCCAGCCACAUUUUGGGUCAUGAAUAAUACAAGAGAAAUGUAUUUUGGUUCUGAUGAAACACCCCUAGAACUAUGGGGCAACCAGCCCUUCAAAAAGCUUACUCAACUCAACAUUCUGGAGAUAAACAAUGUUUCUAUUAAUAAUUUGGAGCAAAAUAUAUUCAAGGAUUUGAUAUCUUUACAAAAACUCAAAUUACGAGGUGAUGUUAACACAUUGGAAUUCGAUGCAUUCUCCGGAAUUACUCAAUUGGAAGAACUUGAUUUAUCCAAUUGUCAAAUCAAUGAUAUAUCUAUGGAUGCUUUUGUCGGCUGUAAACGUUUACGUUUGGUAAAUCUCUCUCAUAACAACAUCAGUUACAUACCUCCGGGUCUAUUCGACGAUCAAACCAACCUUGAGGAAAUAUAUUUAAACAACAAUCAGCUAAGAACACUGCCCCGAAACUUCUUUCAGCUAAAACGCCUAGUGGUGGCACGUUUGUCGGAGAAUCCUUGGAAAUGUUCUUGUGAUAUGAAUAGCUGGAAAGCUAAAAUCACUAACCAGGAGAUAGCGCCACAAACUGAAAGAUGUAUCAAUGACUUCUUUUCUGGCAAAAAACUAUCAUGUCGUAAAUUUAAUACAUAUAAAUUCAACAAACAACUGGCUCCGCGGUGCGAUAAUUUUAAUGGCCGCAGUGUUUACUAUGUUCUGCGAAAGCAAUUACAAUGCGGAGCCAAAUAUAUUCAAUUGAAGAAACCUACAUCGCAAAACAAUAGAAUGCCUCAUUGGCGUAAAUUUGAAGAAAGAGGACAUGCAUUUAACAAUAAACGAAGCAAUGAAGCGCCUAUGGAAGAUAAAAGUAGCCCACUAAUAAAUCGCAUGAUGUGGCAAUUACAGAAACAAGAAAAAAUUCGAACGUCUUUAAGAAAUCUACGAGAAAAUUCGCUGGAACACCAGUUGAAAAAGGAACCAAAAGAAACUAUUCAAAUGUCGAAAUUUUCUGUUGUCCACGAUUACGAGGAGGUACCAAAUGAUAUAUGAGUCACACUUGUGAUUGUUUUACAUAUUUAUGUAUCGAAAUGUAAAUGAAAUGCAAUUGAUUUUAGCGUGAAUACUACAUAGGUUAGAAACUAAAAUAUUGAAUGUAAGUUAAACUGUUAUUAAAUAUAAAAAGUAAUGUACAAAAACACAAUAAAGCCGUCAUCAAAUAACGAACUAAA